CUUUUUUUUUUUUUAAUGACGUUUGAACAAAAAUCUAAUGACCCGGAUGCACUUUUUCUACGUACAAUUUGCUCACGUGGUCACGUUUACCAUUGAGUCGCCUGUCAGUUGUUUGACGCAUGCGCAGAACUGCCUGUGAUUCCUCGUGUAACUGUAGCUAUGUUGUGGACUGGAGUCUGAGCAGACGCUGUAUUUUCUGGACACUUGACCUGAGCGAGGUGUAAUUUAAAGUCAUGUCUGCUCACUGCGCGCUCUUUAGGCGCAUGUUACAGCCUGUGACUGCUGAUCUGAAACUGGUCGUCCGGCUCUCACGGUUUCUCAGCGCAGGCGGUUUCUCUGAUUGCAGGAGAAACGCAAACACGCGGUUAGAGGGAGUUAAAGAUCCACAGCGCUUCCUUCAACACUCAUCCCAACACCAUUCAACCCAUAAAGCGAUGGAUGCAACAUCACGUGUAAAGAGGGUUUCUAUUGAGGGCAACAUUGCGGUUGGGAAGUCCACUUUUGCAAGAUUGCUGAGCAAUGCAGGACAAACCUGGGAGGUCACACCUGAACCUGUAAGCAAAUGGCAAAAUGUUGAAGAGGCGACUUCACAACUAAAACAGCUGGGGCCGUCUCCGCAGCAGUCUGCCAGUAACCUAUUGCAAAUGAUGUAUGAAGACCCCAAACGUUGGUCCUACACCUUUCAGACAUUUUCCUUUAUGAGUCGCAUGCGCAUGCAGCUGCAGCCGCCUUCGGUGAGAGACAGUUCUGUACAGGUGUAUGAACGUUCCAUCUACAGUGACAGAUAUAUUUUUGCUCAGAACAUGUUUGAGCUAGGCAGUAUAAACUCCACAGAGUGGGCUGUUUAUCAGGAUUUCCAUUCCUUUCUUGUUGAGCAGUUUGGUCCUAAGGUACAGCUGGAGGGAAUUAUAUACCUUAGAGCACCACCACAGACCUGCAUGGAGCGUUUGGGCCGCCGAGGAAGAGAAGAGGAGCAGGGAAUACAGCUGGACUACCUUGAGACACUACAUAAGCAGCAUGACAACUGGCUCAUAAGCAAAUGUACAACGGUUCACUUUGAUCACCUGAAAAAUAUUCCAGUUCUGGUUCUGGAUGGCAGUCAGGAGUUUGAGAAUGACUCUGAGAUACAGACCAAGUUUCUAACAGAGGUCACAAGCUUCCUAAAGGAAUUAUGAAUAUCAAAGGAAAGGACCAAACACAACCCUCAGACCUCUGGACCAUCCACUGUUUGUAUUAAUACAGUUUGUGUUAGCUUUGAAAUUGUUGAUCUGCAUGACAAACUCACAGAUCUUUAAAUUAUUUUCAUCUGUAAAACCCAGUCAACACUAGAAACACUGUAGUGUAUUUUGUAUACUAUUGUUACGAAGUUCUGAAGUGUGAAAGCACUUUUUUGGAAAACCAUAUGUAGGUUAUAAUUUACACAUCUACUGUCUGCAUGUUUCAGGGAGGAAAAACGUACAAAAAUGCACACAUGAAAUUAGAAUAAACCCGGUUGCACAUGUGCACAUCCUUAUAAUUAAAUGCAUUGUGACUAAUUUCAGAAUUAGUCAAUCAUUCUCAUACACAUGCGCAUAAAUAAUUAUCAUAAAGCUGUCAUCAAUUAAGUGAAUCCUGUUAAGCUCAAAUAAAGAUCAGCGGUUCCUAUAGGAUUUAUUAAUUUUAUCUGGCUGCUUAUGCUAUGAUCUUCAAAAUGCUCACAAAUCAGGUACAUGAUUUUAUAUUUAAAGUUAUUUGUCAGUAAACACUUACUGAAGAAUUCCGAAAAAGCUGGAACAUUGUGAAGGCAAUGAUCAACAAGCAGAGUAAAAUGGAAAGCAUAGUGACCUCACCACCGUCUAUCCAAAAUACGUGCCAAAAAGAAGAAAACCUACCAGGGAGGCUGCCAAAAGACCUACAGCAACAUUAAAGAAGCUACAGGAACAUCUGGCAACCUUUGGUCACCUCCUGCAUACAACAAUUAUCAAUUACAUUCUUCCUGUCUGGGUUAUGAGGUGUUCUGUUCAUGUUCUUAUAUGUAUGUAAUGGUUUUUAAUGUAAUUACAAGUUAUUAUGAUUACAUAAUUA